CUUCUAACAAAAUUACAACUUCUUUGUCUGGUUCGUCAACACCUGCUACAAUUAAUCCGUUGGAAAUAAAAUCUCUCGUUUCUUUUGUUCUUGGUAAUUAUGGAAAGAUGAACCAUUUUAAAUACCCCUAUCUAAUCCCAGCCAAAGCAUUAUUCAUCACCAUCUUCUUCUUUCUACUUUGUACUUUCACCGUUUUUUCUUCUUUUCUCUGAAGUGUACGAAAUGGAGAUAGAGCAACCCAUUACAAGAGAGAUCUCCAGUGUCCGAAAAGUAAGCCCAACCAGCACCAGGACCAAAACAACAACGAGUUCUCCACUACCCAAUGAGCUUUGCAAUCGAUCCGAAUCCUUUCGGACACUCGAAAUAGGUGUGCCAAAGAGCAUUUCAUCUGAGAAAAGACUCGCUUGGUUGCGCUCUCAAAUCAUCGGUGAUGAUGUAGAGUUAUGUUCUCCCUUUGGAAAACGAAGACUAACUUAUGCUGAUCACACCGCCUCUGGCCGCUCUCUUCAUUAUAUCGAGAAUUUUAUCACUAACAAUGUUCUUCCCUUUUAUGGGAAUACUCACACCUGUGACAGUUACGUGGGGCAUAGAACAACAAAAAUGGUACAUGAAGCAACACAAUACAUAAAGAGAAGCUUAGGUGGUGGAGAAGAUGAUGCAAUCAUGUUUUGUGGCUCAGGCACGACAGCGGCUAUUAAACGUUUACAAGAGGUAAUGGGCAUUGCAGUACCAUCAACUAUGAGAGAUAGGCUAAUUAAAUGCCUAAGCAGUGAAGAGAUCUGGGUAGUCUUUGUUGGACCUUAUGAACACCACUCCAACCUUCUUUCUUGGCGGCAAAGCUUGGCUGAAGUGAUAGAGAUUGGAUUAGAUGGCAGUGGAUUAAUAGACAUGGAAGCUCUGAAAAAACUUCUUGAUUCAUAUCAAAAAGCGAAUCGGCCGAUUUUGGGAUCAUUUUCAGCUUCUAGUAAUGUUACUGGCAUUUUUUCUCAUACAAGAGAACUUGCUCAGCUUCUUCACCAAUACGGAGGAUUUGUAUGUUUUGAUUUUGCAGCCAGUGGUCCCUAUGUAGAGAUCGAUAUGAGAUCCGGGGAGAUUGAUGGGUACGAUGCAAUUUUCCUGAGCCCACAUAAAUUUCUUGGUGGACCUGGGUCGCCUGGAAUUCUUCUGAUGAGCAAAGCCCUUUACCAGCUGAGAUCUUCUCCCCCAUCAACUUGUGGAGGUGGAACUGUUUCGUACGUCAAUAGCUUUAAUGAAAAGGACACUUUGUAUUUGGAUGACAUAGAGGAGAGAGAGAAUGGUGGGACGCCACAGAUAAUCCAAACAAUCAGAGCAGCAUUGGCAUUCUGGGUCAAAGAAUACAUAAGCUACAAAGUGAUUGAAGAACAGGAGCAUAAAUACCUAUCAAAAGCCUUAAAAAGACUCAAGUACAAUAAGAACAUAGGGAUUUUGGGAAAUAUAAGUGCCAAAAGACAAGCUAUAUUGUCAUUCCUCAUAUUUUCCACUACAAAUUCUUCUUCCUCGAAAGAUCCAAGUAGUGAACGUAAAGAAGAAGAUAAUCUUUACAUGUGGGCUGAGACAGGGAACAAGAGAGAUAAGCCUCUUCAUGGAGCAUUUGUUGCAGCUUUGCUUAAUGACUUGUUUGGUAUCCAGUCUAGAGGUGGAUGUGCUUGUGCUGGACCUUAUGGUCAUCUUUUGCUUAAUAUCAGUGAGACUGUUUCCCUUGCUUUAAGGUCUGCUAUACACCAGGGAUAUAUGGGAGUAAAGCCAGGAUGGACAAGAAUUAGCUUUCCCUACUACAUGUCAAAUGAAGAAUUUGAGUUUAUUAUUGCAGCAGUGGAAUUUAUAGCUAUUUACGGCCAACGUUUUCUACCAUUGUAUCGCUUUAACUUUAAAACUGGAGCUUGGUCUUUCAAGAAAAAGGCAAAUAAGGAUUUGGUGGUAGGAAAGGAGAACAGCUGCAAUGCUUUUCCCUUGGCAGGUGCUGCUAAAGACAAUGGAGAAGUUAUGGAUAAGCAGGCUUCUUACUUAAAAAGUGCCAUACACAUUGCUAAUUUGCUUCCUAAAUUCCCUCCUCCGCGUAAGCUUCCUCAAGGUUUGGACCAUAACCUCUUGUAUUUCCGAGUCUAGCUGGUUAGACCAUAGUUACCUACGAAUAAUGUGGUAUGUAUAACAUGUGGAGCCACCUGUGUGGAUACUUGGUAUCCUUCAGCUAUGUACUUUAAGAGUAAUCGCUCUUUUGUAAUAGGAAUAAUACAAAUUUAGUAUUUAAACU